AUGAAGCCAUCGGAUUUGUUGUUGGUGCUAGAGAAGGUCAAGUUCAGGGUGCCACUGCCGCCUGGCGUUAGCUCGACAACGCUCCUGCCGAAGCUCAUACGCACCAAGGAUGUGAGGCAGCUGCAGGACGGAAAUGCACAGCCACAGAAGCCCAAGCUGACGAAAUGUCUCAACACCUUGGACCUAACCUCGCUGGGCAUUGGCUCUUGCUGUGGCACUGGCAUGUAUCUGGUUGCCGGCAUGGUGGCCCAGAAGAUAGCCGGACCCGGUGUGAUUAUUAGUUUUAUUAUAGCCGCCAUAGCGAGUAUUUUCUCAGGCGCUUGCUAUGCGGAAUUUGGCGUUCGUGUGCCACACACAUCCGGCUCGGCCUAUAUGUAUUCAUAUGUGGCAGUUGGUGAAUUUGUAGCUUUUAUAAUUGGUUGGAACAUGAUAUUGGAAUAUCUAAUAGGAACAAGUGCCUGUGCCUGUGCUUUAAGUUCUAGCUUCGAUUCCCUAACUGGCAAUGCCAUUGCGCGCACGAUAAGCGAGUCCAUUGGCACGAUAUUCGGCAAACCACCGGACUUUAUUGCCUUUGGCAUAACGCUACUCAUGACCUGCGUAUUGGCGAUGGGCGCCAGCAAGUCGGUCAUUUUUAAUCAUUCACUAAAUGCUGUCAAUCUGGCCACGUGGGUAUUUGUCAUGGCUGCCGGCCUUUUCUAUGUGGACACCAAGACGUGGUCGGAGCAUCAGGGUUUCCUGCCCUUUGGCUGGAGUGGUGUAUUUUCCGGUGCCGCCACAUGUUUCUAUGCAUUUAUCGGAUUCGACAUAAUUGCAACGACCGGUGAGGAGGCGCAUAAUCCACAAAAGAGCAUACCAAAGGCAAUUGUUGGCUCUCUGGUUGUCGUCUUGAUUGCCUAUGUCAGCGUCAGUUUAGUUCUUACCUUAGUGGUGCCCUACGAUCACAUCAAUACGGGUGCGGCUCUGGUUCAGAUGUGGUCGUAUGUAAAUGCACCAAAGUGUCGCGCUGUGGUGGCGAUUGGUGCCACGGCUGGCCUCUCCGUGGCAAUGUUUGGGUCAAUGUUUCCGAUGCCGCGCGUCAUCUAUGCCAUGGCCCAGGAUGGUCUGAUUUUCAGACAACUUUCGCAGCUGUGGCAGCGCACCAAUGUGCCCGGUCUGGCCACCAUUGGCAGUGGACUGGCUGCAGCCUUGGUCGCGCUCACCAUACGCCUGGAGAUACUCGUUGAGAUGAUGUCCAUCGGCACACUGCUGGCCUAUACCCUGGUAUCGACUUGUGUGCUGGUGCUGCGCUAUCAGCCGCACAGCACUUCGCUGGUGGAACUGCUGCCGGCACAGCUGCGUACUCCGGUUGCACCGGGCACGGCCAGUGAUUCCCAUGCAACGCCUGCGGAGGUGCUCGAGGUGCCCAAUAAGCUGACCAUCAAGCGGGUGACACGCGGCAUGUCCGACUCGGAUGACUCCUUCAUCGAUGACAGCCCCGAGGGCUAUAUGGGCGGCCGAGAUGAUCAAUUUCUGGUGUCCGACCGCUCCGAGAAUAAGUUCUAUGGCAGCGUGCAUGGAGCACCCACUGGACCCACCGGCCAGGCCACCGCCUUCGAUACAAUGGGAUUGAAUUUUAUCACACGAAAGAUUCACGAUUAUGCGUACCUGUGCCCCGGCUUCUUUCCCUGGAUAAAUCCCGGUCAGGCCACCACCGAUAGUGGCAUGUAUGUCACGAAACUAGUUGGAAUCAUGUUCGGUCUCAUAUUCUUCUUGGAUUUAUUCGCGGCGAUUGGAUGGUCCGGUGGCCUGGCCGCCUUCAUUUAUUUCAUUUUAUUUAUCGGCAUAUUUGUGAUAUUAUUGAUUAUAUCGAGGCAACCGCAGAAUAGAUAUGCUUUGGCUUUUCUGACGCCGGGACUACCCUUUAUACCAGCCAUAGCCAUCACAGUGAACAUCUAUCUGAUAUUCAAGCUGAGCAUCCUCACCCUGGUCCGUUUCACCGUCUGGAUGUCCCUUGGCCUUAUCAUGUACUUUUACUACGGCAUUACACACAGCAGCCUGGAGCAGACAAGCGAUGAUCUCGAGCUGCAUGUGGACAAGGAUUAUAGCAAAAACGUUGAGGAGAAAGCCGUCUGGGAUCAGCAAUCGUAUAAUCAAACCCACGAGCCAGUUUGGGCCAGCAAGGAGGUGAAGCAGCCAUCGAAGCAACGCUAUAACUACGGAAAAUCUUCGUCUUCGUCUAAUCAGAGCAGCUCCAAAAAUGCCCAAAGCAAUGCGGCGGGAAAGCCUCCAGGCCGCAGCUCGACGGGCACACGGCCAGUGGCGCCAUCGCCUCACACAUCCGCUGGACAGGCGAAGCCGCAGGGAACGGGAACGGGAACGGGCGGUGGAACGGGUGGACCGCCCAUGGAGCGUCAAUAUACAGGACAGUUUAGCAUGUUUGUGGACGAGGGCCAGUUCCCGUCGUGGGAAGACUAAACUGAAUGGGGGAAUACCCCUAACUAAAACCCUAACUCCCAUAGUUGAUUUCCCCCGAGUUUUCCCCAAUCCUCUGUUGAUAUCCUUUGAUCAGCCCCAAGCAGUAAGGCUGCACAAAGCCACUCCCAAAUCCCAAGGCCACGUUUCGAAUUCGGAUAGUACUGGCAAAAACUGGGCCGCUCUUCAAGGCGUCGAUCUGUGAUCGUAGCCGUGUACGCUUGGGUGUGUCCAGAACGGAACCAGUCCCAGGUAGAGCUCACUCAACUUGUAUAUACAAUUAGAGAUGUUAAGUUUACCGAAAUGAAAUACAUACAAAUAUGUAUGUUUACGCCGUACAUGUUAGACGAGACGAGAAGGGACGAAACGAGAAGUGACGAGAUGGGAAGUGACGAGAGGAGACGAGCGAGCGUUUAGCGUGAGCGACGUUAUACACUUAUACCAUAUACAACAUAGUAUAUACAGAUAUACAUAUAUACAUAUAUAUAUAUAUACAAGAAAUUACAUACAUAUAUACCUAUGCAUAUAUAUAUACUAUAUACAAAACAUAGAUUGGGUUAUUAGUGCAAAGUUAUUAUCAAAAUCCUGUGUAUCCCAUAUCCCACACAUUCCCGAACUUCUUCUUGUGCUCAGCUUCGAUUGGCGAACGUUUUGGGUGACGCUGGUCAAUCGGCAUUCAGCACAAGGAAAAAAAAGAGGACAAGACGACGACCCCGGGACACUGGAAUCUGUUCCCCUGUACACUGAACAGAUGAAUAUUAUUGAAAACGUUCGGCACAGCCAGGCAAAAAAUAAAACACAUCCCUGUGCGUGUGCGUGUGAGAGCGCGGGUGUGCACAACUGUACAUUUUAGACACUCGAUAUUCUGGCACACACAUACACACACACAAACAAACAGUCUCAGAGCAGAUCUUUGCCUAAGCUUACGAUCCAAACACAGAAUACAUCACUACACACACACACACACACACACAGAAAUUCUUAUGUAUUUAUGAUUGUAUUGUUGUUCAAAUAUUUGUGCGCUACAUGCUAUGCUAUGCAUUUUAGAAAACAUUUUGACAUUUAACAUUUUUGAUGUAUGUGUAUGAAUACAGUACUCUCUCCCCCCCCUCUCCUCAACACCAUCUAUCGCUCUAUCUACAAUUGUUUAUUGUUUAUUGAUUCUAGAGGCUCGCGCUAAGCUAAACCACACAUUUAUAAGCGGCAUUUCGCACUUUUUUGUCAGUAAUUCAAUAAUUAAUUUUUUUCUUAACAAAUACCAAACCAAAAAAACAAAA